AUGAGGCCAUCAGCUCCCGUCGAGAGCGGUAUGCCCACGGGCAAGAAGUACGUGAGUACAUGCCUUGCACGCUCCCUUUCCCGGCAGUCUGUGUGAGACGAAGCGAUGCUGAUGCUCGCUCUCUCCCCCACCCCCCAUCCCCCUCUCCAUAUUCGUCCCCUCGAUUUGUGUUGCCGCUGUGCGCUGGAUUGAUCGCGAAUUCUUUUCUUGCCUUGCCUUGGCGCGGAUGCGAAUGCGAAUAGAUGGGAUGGUGGGGCGAUUUUGGAGGUCCCAAGCAAAAGGGUCUGAUUCAGUACUGUGAGUACGCCGGCCGAAUAUUGUAGCUAUCUCCUCUCGAAGCCGGGGCACAUCUGGAGCGCGUUACGUGAAGGCGUGCGAGGAAGUGGGGGCAGCGGCUCGCUGCGUGCCAAAUUGCGAAGCUGGCUUGCAUAUCAAGAGAUGCUCCUCUCCAGCCUCGAGGUGCCACUGCACGGAUCAGCGGAGCUCUUGUCACGUCCGAUCCAACUGAGCGUGUCCAUCGACUAUUCCCUCAUCCCUCUUCCACUCUCUUGCGUCACACUCAGCCAUCUCUCCCUUUCAGCAAAAUCCCAUGAAGGGAGCGCUGCAUGGUUACCUCUUCUUCGGCUUCAAAAGAAUCAUGGCGCGCAUGACCUACUUUGGCAUUCCCUUCGCAGCCGGUUACGGCAUCUACUCUUGGUCGUGAGUGCUUGUUCCUGCGCACGCCCUCCAAGCUGUCCAGGGCUGACCGGCGCAUUCACUUGUGUAACGCGCCACUCUAUGCCGUGCAGUGUCGCAAAGAACGAAUUCUACAACUCAAAAGAGGGGCAUCGUUUGUUGGCCGAGCACGAAGAGUAG